AUGGGAAUGGGGCAAAUCCGGGAGACAGCUAUUUCCUUUGCUGUCUGCUCUUCAGUGGAAAUUCGCAACAUUCAUAAUGAUGAAUUAAUGGGAAUCAGACGAGAAGAAGAAAUGGAAAUGUCUGAUGAUGAAAUAGAAGAAACGACAGAAACAAAAGAAACUGAGGAAUCAGCCUUAGUAUCACAGGCAGAAGCUCUGAAGGAAGAAAAUGACAGCCUCCGUUGGCAGCUCGAUGCCUACCGGAAUGAAGUAGAACUGCUCAAGCAAGAACAAGGCAAAGCCCACAGAGAAGAUGACCCAAACAAAGAACAGCAACUGAAACUCCUGCAACAAGCCCUGCAAGGAAUGCAACAGCAUCUACUCAAAGUCCAAGAGGAAUAUAAAAAGAAAGAAGCUGAACUUGAAAAACUCAAAGAUGACAAGUUACAGGUGGAAAAAAUGUUGGAAAAUCUUAAGGAAAAGGAAAGCUGUGCUUCUAGGCUGUGUGCAUCAAACCAGGAUAGCGAAUACCCUCUUGAGAAGACCAUGAACAGCAGUCCUAUCAAAUCUGAACGUGAAGCACUGCUAGUGGGGAUUAUCUCCACAUUCCUUCAUGUUCACCCAUUUGGAGCAAGCAUUGAAUACAUCUGUUCCUACUUGCACCGUCUUGAUAAUAAGAUCUGCACCAGUGAUGUGGAGUGUCUCAUGGGUAGACUCCAGCAUACCUUCAAGCAGGAAAUGACUGGAGUUGGAGCCAGCCUGGAAAAGAGAUGGAAAUUCUGUGGCUUCGAGGGCUUGAAGCUGACCUAAAUCUCUUUGCCUAACAACUUGGGAUCCUGAAGAUAAAUAUGUGUUGGACAAGCAUAGAAAGUGAUUUGUAUAUUUAAUGGUUUUCAAGUGGAAGUUCGUUUGAAUUUGUCAGUUCAUUCCUGGAAAAUCUUUUGAGUUAAAAUAAGGAUCCUAGGACAGCACCUCGAACUACAGGCCCUAAAGAGAAAUUGCCUCAAACCGCAAGUGCUGUAACUUCCUCCCCUUUCUGUCAAUUGGUUGUCUUUAAAUAUUGCAAAAGUCCUGAGGCUAAACAGUAUUUGGAGUGUUUUCAGUGUCUGUACUACUGUUGUAGACUUUGGUAUUUUUUUAAACACUGUUAACUGAAAUGUUUUGAUGAUUUGUAUGUGAUUUGUGUUUCUAAACUUCUCUUUACAUUAAUGUUGCUACUGGUGAAAGGAAUGAGAGCAGCACUAAGUCCUCUGUGUAACUGCCAUUGUCUUUCCAAUCCCCAGUAGACUAGUAAAUAAAUAACACAUCAGUGUCUUCUAGAAGGUGCCUGACCAGGUUCACCUUUUAAAUGACAAAGCAUGGUUUGUGGCUUUUUGCAAAAUUACUAUGAACCAAAAGUUGACAAAUGUUCCAAAGUUAUUUUCUCUAACAUACCACAUUAAAGAUCUGUUUCAGAAUUGUAAAAAGUACAUCUAGAUGUGUUUGCAGAAAGCAAGUAUCCAGUAUGACUGGCAUGUGUUCGUGCUAUUCAGAAUCACUUGUAAAUAGUCUGCUUUUAAAGGAGGGCAUGUUCCGUUUUCUGUGAAUUAAAACACGCUCAUGUGUGGACACACACGCACAAACACACGCACGUGCGCACACAGUGACAGAAGGGAUUUGUGUUAAUUUUCUUUCCCCUCUGGCCUUCUUACGGUCUCUUGGUCCCUUUGCUUCUGUUGUCAGUGUGUUGAAUUGCAAACCGUGUACUGCUGUAAAUACUAUGUUUACUUCAUGCUGAAUGUUUGCAGAGACUUGAUAUAAGUAUUAAUAGUAAUGAAUCAAUGAAUAAAUAAUGAGCCAGGGUUUGUGAGGCUUUCUGCAAAUAAGUCAGCUCCACCUGGAGUGCGGAUUGCCAGAGACACCUCCAGUUCUGUAGUGCCCAUCGGCAAAUCGCAAUGGCAGCAUGUGAGUGGACCAUUCAGAAACUGCUGCUUGGUGGAAAGGAAACGGAGAGGAUGAAGGUUUGGGGCAAAUAUCCUGAGGCAGAGAUGGUCUUUAUUGUGUGUGGUGGUGGUUGUGGUACUUAUAAUAAUGCAAGCAUACCCCCCCUUGAGUCUCAAUUGAAGAUAAAAGAAUGUACUGAGUAAGCAAAGCCAAUGGAGAGUAUUUCACGAAAAUACUUUGUAAAUGAAAUGCCAGUAGUGUUCAAAGUUGUAUUUUUAAAAGAUAAAUAUUCCUUUUUAUACCUC